AUGUCAACCAACGCGAAACAACAUCAAGAGGAAAAUGUAGAGCGCCUGAUAAAAUGCCGAUUGCGCUCCGAAAUUGAAGCUCGCAAAGCUGUGGAAAGUACUAUGAGGCGUGCAGUUAAAGAGUCUCGGGAGCUGAAAAAAGAGCUUGUUGUUUUGCGUCAAGAAAAGGAGGAUCUCAAAAUGGUUGCUCGAAAGCAAGCGCUAUUGGCAGCAAGCGGUAACAAGGAGGUACCCAGAGGAGGCAAUGCUGGACCAAACAACAAAUUUGUCAGAGGCGACCAGGAGCAUCAGAAAGCAGUGGUCUUAAAGCUCAAGCAACAGGUCCAGGACUUGAUCACAAAGAAUACGGACUUGGAGACUGACAACAAUAAGAUGCAGCAGCAAAUCUUUGAAUAUGUAAAUUCUGCAGAUUUGGAGAAGAGAACGCGCGAAAUUAUAUCCUUAAGCGAUGAGUUGAAAAAAUCAAAACUUGUUGUCAACGAGACUAAGCGCAAGUGUCAAAAGUUGUUGAGGGAAAAGGAAGAAGAGCUUCAGCGAGCUAUUCAGGAGAAUGCGCAACUAACUUGCUGCACGAGAACACUGCAAAGUCAGUUGGCAUCAUUGCCACAGCUGAAAAAGCAGCUUGAGCACGCGAAAGAGAGACGGAAUGAUGCAGCGGAGGUCUGGCGAAAGAAGUUGGAGCUUCGUGAUGAGGCAUUUUUGCGCGCGGAGGAAGUAAGUAAGCAAAAUCUGAUCAAAAGCGCCGCACAGGUCGUUGGUGUCACAGAUGAAAAGGAACAUUUACAGGCUAGACUUGAAGAGCUCGAGCGCAAAUUUUACGACGUCAAUGUUUCUCAUCAGACCGAACUCUCUCUCACGACACAUUGUCGAAGGGAAUUAGAGAGCACGAUAAAACAGUUGCAGCAAAAGUUGUUAGCAGCAGAGACUGCUACAUAUGAAGCAGAGAGAGCUACAGUUGUCGCGCGAGAAACGCAAAGGCAGGAAACGCGCUUUCGACAGCUUGCAGAAGAUGCAGCUGAUGCGGUUGAAAUUCGAGCCGAGAAAGCGGAGCGCGACCUGGCACAUGCUCAGAUGCAGCUUGAGCAUUUAGAAGAGGCCUUAAAAGCACGCGGAAUCACAUUCGAGUAUCUGUUGAAGCUGCAGACGUCAGGAUCCAGUUCCGGUCAAUCGAUAACAACUAGGGGCGCUGCUAUUAAGCAAACCAUUGUUUCUACAGCUACUGAACCCCCAACUCGUAGCAAAAUAAUUACUAAAUCCCGAGUGUCGACCGUUAACCGAAAAAGCUUAAAGCCGCAAAAGAGCAAUAACAAUGGCGACGACAGGCAAGGAGCAUCAGAAGCUUUGCUCGAAGUGAUACCUUUGGACGUCGAUAUUCGAGAAGUAUUUGCAUUUCCUCCGAAUGUACUCGAUUUCGCGUAUGCUGGACCUUCCGUAGUGUUAAGCGGUAUCGUCUUCGGUGCUCCUUGGGUGCAUAAGCUCUACUUUCGAUUGAUGCUGUUGGUGUAG